AGCUACUGUACCAUAAGCAAACACAUGUGAGGAAGUUGGUUCAUCCAACAUGAAACUAGGUUGGAAACCUGGCUCAUAACAUAAUAAACUACUGGUCUAUGAGACUUCAUGAGACCCCCUUUCUUCAUGCAGCUGCUACAGCAAGAAUAUCCUCAAACUGUCAAAAUGGGUCGUUAAGCAAGAAAUCGUCAGAAAAUUCUAAAUGGCAGACAAAGUGGUGCGUCCUUUUCAAAAAUUUGAUGUUUUAUUACGAAAGGGAGAACUCAACUAGGCCAUCAGGAGUGGUACUUUUGGAAGGUACUACUUGUCAGAGGGCUGUUAUGCAUGAUGAUGGAAAGCAGUUUGCCUUCACCAUUGCAGUAACAAAUGACAAACAACCCCUCAUAUUUGCAUCUGAGACUGAAAGUGAUUGCUUGGUGUGGAUUACUUCUAUAACUCAGUCAAGUAUGCUGAGAGUAGAAAAGGACUGUGUUGAACUCCAAGUGAAACUGCAAGAGGUACAGAAACGGCUCCAAACCGAGCAGGCCACAAAGAUGGAGUAUCAAACCUUCACUGAGGAGCAAGUUAUCACAAUCAAACGGUUACGGGAUGAGAACUUCAAACUCAAGAAACAUAUAGAAGAGCUAAAGAUGGAGAAGUACAAGAGUUCUUCUGAGAACGGAACUGCUAAGAAUAGUGAGGAAGAGAGACUGAACGCCCUAGUCAGCUCAGUGGCUCACAGGUGGUAUAACUUGACAAGGUGGAGGAAGAUAAUUGAUAUGUACGUUAAGAGUGAACACGCGGACAGUAUGAAGAAAAGAAACAGGGUGUUAUGGCAGCUAAUGAAGUCUGAAGAAGACUACGUAUCCCAACUUGGCACGUUGGUGAUGUGUUUCUACAAGCCUUUAAAGAUGGCUGCGAGCUCAUCACACCCGCCCCUCUCCCACGCUCAGCUUAACCUCAUCUUUAGAAACUGUGAGACACUAUUCUACAUACACCAGAUAUUCCUACAAGGGUUACAAGUUAGGAUGGAGAAAUGGCCCGUCCUCGUUUUAGGGGAUUUGUUCGAUAUGUUGCUACCUCUACUCGUCGUGUACCAGGACUUUGUUAGGAACCACGCUUCCAGUCUCGAGGUUCUGACGCAGUGUAAACACAACCACAACUUCUACACUCUGUUGGAGAAGCACGAGAACAAGCCCGCUGCGUACGGGUACAGUCUGGAAAUGUACCUCACUUUUCCCAUCCAACGGAUACCAGGCUAUGUUACUCUGCUGAACCAGUUGCUGGCAUUCACCCCACCUGACCAUGUGGAGAGAGUAAAGUUCGAGGAAGCAAGAUCUAAACUUCAGGAGCUAUCUGUGGUAAUCUACGAGCAGACAAGCGACAGUGAGAGCAUGUACAAGACCUUGUCAAUAGAGAAGAUGAUAAGCGGGGGGUGUCACGUGCUGUUUGAUACCAACCAACACUUCGUCCGUCAGGGCAUGUUGAGACUAGCUGCUGUGAGCAGUAAGAAUACUGUGAGAAAGGACGUGAAACUGGGACCUAAACACUGCUUUUUGUUUACUAAUCACAUGUUGAUUACAGAGCGUAUUGGUGAACAACUCAGCGUUAACAAGGAGUACGGAUUAGUUGCACUUAACCACUGUAUACUAAUCGAAGAGUUCUGUGAAGAAGACACCCCGGACAGAACCCACCAAGAAGUUGGUUUCAGGAUGACCCUCCUCGACUCCUCCCCCGACCCCAGAACCAUCACCCUCGUAGCUGAAUGCCCCAGAGACAAAGCGUCGUGGACUGUUGAUAUCAGCCAGUGUAUCGAGAAUCUUCAGAGUGAGACCUCCUCUCACAGUUGUUAUGGACGAUCUUCACUUAGCAACGACCCCAGGAGUGAUCCAAGGUUGUUCGCUGACGGUGCCACCAUUAAAUACAGCCUCCGUAUGAACUCCGGACAAACACCCAAGGUCAGGUACGCUAGUCUGGACAAGCUGUUGGAAAGAUUAAUGGACGCCAGAUUUCUCGGUGUAGAAUACUUGAAUACGUUCCUGCUGACUUAUCGCUGUUUUACUGACGGUCACACUGUUCUUGGGUAUAUCAUCAACACUUACUACGAUGCCUUGGCUAAGUGUAUUCAGUUACCCGAUAAUGGUGUCCCAGAAAGUCCCUCCUACCUUCCAAAGAACAACAUAUUUGAAAAGCACUCCCCUCCUCCCCGACACUCCCUCACUUCAAUUGGCUCCGAGUCAGUGUUCAUGGCAGCUAAGUAUUACAGUGAAGUAGCGAUGAGAGUUUUCAACGUUAUCAAGAGUUGGAUCUCCAAGUACUACCAGGAUUUUGUUUCGGACCCGUCUCUUCAUCAGCGUCUUAUGAUAUUCCUGGACCAAGUAGCCUCCAACGAAUCUAACAUGACUCAGUGCGGUAGAAAGGCCGUUAAUAUCAUACACAGGUCGUUAGCGCUGCAAGAGGCGUCAAGCGCAGCGUACCCCAUCGGAGAGAUCUACAACCACUACUUCAACAAGAGUGGAGAUUACAGCUGUUUGUCGAGUCUGGCGGUGGACUGUGAGGUGAUGGCUCAACAACUCACCAUACUCGAACAUUGGGCCCUUACUGAAAUAGCACCCAAUGAAUUCCUUGACAAAUCAUGGGUGAAAGACAAAGAACGGGCACCUCACAUCUGCUCGAUAAUGCAGCGCUGUGACAAGAUGUCCAACAUGGUGGCGAGCGAGGUGUUGUCUGGGGAAACGGCGAGCACACGUGCUAAAACCAUAACCCGGUGGAUAAACGUGGCCACACUCUGUAGAAAGUACAACAACUUCGCCAGUCUGUUACAGGUGGUGGCUGGUCUAACAUUCAGUGCUAUUCAGAGGCUAAAGUACACUUGGUGUAUUGUACCGCAGGAGAUAAAAGCAGAACUAAAUGCACUAAAAGAAGUCGUGUCUGUGGCGAAUCGGUUCAAAAACAUGAAAGCUGGAAUUAAAAGAUGUGAUCCUCCUUGUGUACCGUAUGUUGGUGUUUAUUUAGCGGACCUCAUUUCUAUUGAAGAGGGCGUACAGAACCUCAACUCUAAUGGACUCAUUAACUUUGCUAAAAUGAGAAUGUUGGCACACACUAUUCUAGAGAUCAGACUCUACCAGCAGACCUACUACGAUUUGAAGGUGGUCCCAGACGUAGUAAAACACAUCCUUGUAAACUGCAGCAACGCGCUGUGCGAGGACAAGAUAUUCGAGCGCAGCUACACUCUCGAACCCCGGAACCAGCGCUCCCCUACCAUAGACCACGGUGCAUCGUGCGCUUGACCACGGUGCAUCGUGCGCUUGACCAUGGUGCAUCGUGCGCUUGACCACGGUGCAUCGUGCGUUUGACCACGGUGCAUCGUGCGUUUGACCACGGCGCAUCGUGCGCUUGACCAUGGUGCAUCGUAGAGUUGACCACGGUGCAUCUUGCGCUUGACCACGAUGCAUCUUGCGCUUGACCACAAAUGGGUGGCAGAACUUUCACAGCAUGUGUGGAUUGUAAGACGGUGUGAUGAUGAAUGUUCGCUGUUAAUACUUGUGAGGUAAUGUUGUCACAUCAUCCUUAUUACUGGGGUUGUAACUCUUAUACCUGCGGGGGUCACUCAUAAAACUGUAUGAACUCCAACUCAUAAUUACUAGUCGUUAAAAUCAUCAUUAAAUUUGAGUCAGUUCUUAUGAAUUAUCCGUGCUGAAACUGGAUCUUAUAAUCACAUUCAGUGUAUUUUUGUCGCGAUGUCUUCUGUUAACUAUUUAUUUUUUGUUUACCGUUAGCGCCGAAAUAUUAUUUGUUUUAAAGAGACACCAGCAUACACCUCUAUGUUAUUUGCUAUAAAUUCUGAUAUUUUUAUGGAAGGGAGACGGGGUAGACCAUGUUUAAACUUAUUAGAUGUUAUUAGAAAAGACUUGACUAGUAGAAAUCUUGAUAUUAGACUUAAGAAUUUGACUGAUUUCGAAGACCUUAGAUUUUUAGCUUUAGAUAGGGAGGAGUGGAAGAAGUUAGAAGAUGGUUGAUGUUUUUGUUUUCUUUUUUAUGCGUUUUGAUAUCUAUAAGGUGCCUAGGAUGCUCUUUUAAAGAGAUAUUUCGUACUUUGAAAGAUUUACUACUUUAAAGAGACGGUAUCAAAAUAAAGCUCUUGAAACUACCAAACUAACGUUAUUUGUGAUCGCUCUAGAGUUGACCAUCCUGGCGUCAUUGAUGUUUUGCUUCUAUUGAAAACCCCAGUGAAAGUUCGAACUCUUAAAUCUGGAUCAGUUUGAAACCACGUAAAUCAAAAGUCGGCAGUUGGUUAAGAAAGAAAAAGAUAAAUGAACGUAAGGAAUGAAUUUCCGGAAAGGAUUUGUUCUGGUUCUAACUUUGUUCAAGAUUUACUAGAGUUCGUUUCUUCACUGGGAACCGUUAUAUGUUGGACAGUUUCUUCACACUCGACGUGUUUCGUGUACUAAUUGUAUUUUCUGAUUUAUUUAAUGAGACGAUAAUGAUAACAGUUCUACUUAAUAGAACGGGAUAUUCUAAUCCAUUCUAUACAUCGUAUUAUUUUGCAAUCUGGUUAUUGUUAAAUUAUGCUGAUUUGAUAAAAUCUGGAUUUCAUUGCGCGAAUGUUAGCUUUAUUUAUGUAGAGAUCUGUAGUUGUAAUAAUGUGUUAUUUUGAACCAGUAAUUAACAGUUUAUUAAUUUGUCUUGAAGUGCAGCGGA